GUGGGGUACGCCUCUCAUCUUCACUUUUCUCUUACCUGCACUUCUGCAAUUGGAAGCACAACACCACUGUAAUCCUUAGUACACCAUUGCAUCCAGAAUUGAACUCCUUAUACCGCCACAAUGCCGCGCACCGCAUCUCUCAACCGCGAUACCAAUGAGACCAAAAUUCAAGUCUCAAUCAACCUCGACGGCGGCGAACUGCAAGCCUACGAGCACUCCGACUUUUGGGCCGCACUGGACAAGAAGAACUUGAACGGCGAAGGCGAAAAGAUUGACAAGGAUCACGCGACACAAAAGUCCACUUCACAGGAGAUCUCCGUCGACACAGGCAUUGGUUUCCUCGACCACAUGAUCCACGCGCUCGCCAAACACGCUGGAUGGUCGCUGAGCAUCAGAGUCAAGGGAGACCUGCACAUCGAUGACCACCACACCUCUGAGGAUGCGUUUCUCGCGCUCGGUACGGCGUUCAAGGAUGCGCUGCAGGGCUCCACUGGUCUCGCACGCUUCGGACACGCAUACGCGCCUCUUGACGAGGCCCUCUCGCGAGCUGUCAUUGAUUUGAGCAACCGUCCAUACUGCGUCACGGAUCUAGGGCUGAAGCGGGAGAAACUUGGCGACUUGAGCUGCGAGAUGAUCCCCCACUGCCUACAAAGCUUUGCGCAGGCAAGCGGGACAACACUACAUGUCGAUUGCCUGAGGGGAGACAACGACCACCACAGGGCUGAGAGUGCGUUCAAGGCGCUGGCUGUGGCUAUCAGGCAUGCGACGACAGUGGUGAAGCAGUGGGAAGGUGAGGUCAGGAGUACGAAGGGUGUACUUUAUUAGGUGCACGAGGAUCAACGAUACGAACGAUAUAUACAUGAAAUGAUCUAGACGAAUACACAGUGUUGUGUAGUUCACACCUCGUCCGGUUUGAUCAUAUAUUUACAAGGAGACUGCCGAUACAUUCAUGCAUCCACUGACGGGGUAUAUCCAACAAAUAUAGGUGCAUCGCCUGGAACGGAUUCGCAG